AGAAAGGCUUCACUCCUUCUAUCCCGCUUCUGUCUACAGAUCGUCGGCCGGUCCGAUAGUCUAAUACGCUAAUCUCGCCUGGAGCGUAGCGCGCGGGCCUCUCUCCUUAGAGUAGAGUACUAUCCUUGUUUUGUCUGGCAGGUAAGCCGGUUCAUGAUUGCGGGACUAAGAGGAGGAUAAACUCACGAUUUGCCCUCUAUCACUAGCCAAGCUUUAUCCGGACAGAAUGUCGGCUCGCUCGGGAAUGGAAGGGUUUUGCAAAGUGUGCCUUCACGCAAACAACGAACACUACACUGCGCCCUGCCCUGCCACUGGCUGCCUGAACAGAUGGAAGGAAUGCACUGCCAGUAACUGCUUGAGAGAGCGUCCUAAGGGCUCCAAGGCUUCGAAGGGUUCUAAGGCUCUACCAUACAGGGUGUGCUUUGGAUGCAAGGACCACCCGGCAUGCAGGGAGAAUCUCGAUUUCAGCGGCGACCAGGUUGAUGUCCCAGAGAAGCAGAAUGAGGACUACGCCGCGACUGGGACUGCGGGGGGCCAAGAUGCUGAAGGUAAUUGGACUCGUUGAUCUAGUUCUCUGGACUUCUACAAGGCAACUCAAAUGCAUUGCUGAGACAUACCCGCAUAUUGCGGCGAUAUUGAUGUAUUUCAUUUCAUACAUACUGAGCAAGGCCAUUUCACAUUGUCAUGAAUCAAGCUUCUAGCAGCCAUCGUGCUCUACCGCAUCUCUCCAUUUCAAGAUUUUCUCUAGAUCAAGCUCCUUGUGCUCGGGCUCAGAAACCGGGAAGUC